AUUUCAAAAUUGACAGUACAUUUAUCGCCUGAAAUACUUUUAAAUAUGCGUUAGGAAACAUAAGCUCCACAUCACCCGGAAAAUACAUCAAAAUUCAGAGAAAUGGAGGCCCAAGGCGAGAAUGAAUCAUCGGGGCAAACGGCCAAACCAAAUGACGGAAUUGAAACGGUAGCCAAAUGCUGUUUUUUGAUAAGCGUGGGAAGUGAUGGUCUCAUUGAGAUUAGCUCACUUAAUCAUGAAAGCAAGAAUCCCCAAAGCGAAACGCACAGUAGUAACUCCCCACUGAUGAACGAGUCUACGGCAGCCAAGAAACAGUGCAUAGCUGUGCUUAAAGGGGAUUCAAAUGACAUCGAUGAUGAUUCAUCCGAAAGCCUGGAGAAGAGCAAGGAUGCAAAGUCCAUAGAGGAGAUAAAGAAAACCGAAGCAUUGCCGCCUUUCGUAAAAAUCUGCAACAAAGAUCUGGCAAAUAGGCCUUCUUUCGUGGUUCUCGAGGAUGCUUUGGCUAGGACCAGGAUUAAGCAGGACAUGGAGCAGUCGAAAGAAGACCAAUCUGUAAAGUGUCAGGCUCAGCAGACCUCGGUUUCCUACUCCAUUUCUAAUUCAGGAUCUCAGACUGAUAAAGCUUUUCCGCAGUAUCCAACCACAAAGAAUUGCACCCAGAAAGGUAAUACUAUACCGUCCGCUCGGAAAUUAUCCCUGCAAACUGCCGCCCAGGUCCGCCAAAAACUGUCCAAUUUACGUCGAGAGCAAACGCAACCGCAGGGACAUGCCCCACUGAAUGAGCAGCAACAACACCACAUGUCCUACCUGCAACACCAGAACAUGCAGCAGCAUGUCCUGCAGCAGCAGCAUAUGCCGCAGCAGCAACAUCAGCAUGUGCCGCAACAUUUGGCACUGCACCAGCACUCCAACAUGCGAGUUCAACCGACCAACAACCCUCCAUAUGUGACCAUCAGUUUUCUGCCCAUGGACCAGACGGGGGCAGCAUCGAGUGGUCUUGCGAUGUACCCUGGCCAGCAGUUUCUGUGUGCCACGCCGAGCAACAUGUCCAGCUGCUCCUGCUGCACGUGCAGCAGUUGCUGUCCGUCAAGGACAACUCAAGUCUGUCAAAUGCAGAUGGGCAAUCAGUAUCAAAGUCCAGCGAACGGAAGCAACUGCUGCAUGCUGAGGCCGGAGAGUUUUGCAAAAGGCUGCUACAAUGGUGGCACAUCCUGCUGUCCUUUGUCGAAUGUGGAAUCGCAUCCUUGUAUGGGAUUCGGUGGUCAGAUCAGUCAGCACCUGAUGCACCCAGUUCUCGGAACCACUUGUCCGCUGCAGCAACAGCAGCCCAAUAUUCCGAUUUCGGGAGGAUUUUACCACUGUUGCUCGUGCCAAUCCUUGUGCAACCAGUGCUCCCAAUGCAGGAUGCACGCCCAACCUUGUUGCCACUGCCUAGGAUUCUUCAACAACCAACAGAUGUUCCAGUCGCAGCAGCAGCAACAGGCACAGAGUGCAUGCUGCCCCUUGAAACCAAACCAGCGCCGCAACUACCCAUCCAAAGAGAAGGCACAGAGGUGCAGCGAAGGUUCUCCCAAUCAGGCCAGAAUAAAGAAUAUAUUCAACAAGAAGCACCAGGCUCAGGAGAAACCCCAGGAUACCCAAGUCGCCCAAGACAGUCAAGCCACCAACAACAUUUCGCCUUUGCCCAGAUCCGUUGGGGGUACAGCAUCUGUGAGGACUAAUCCCAGCCCAAGCUCCCUGUAUGUCGCUCGGUUUGGCAGGACUUGCUUGAUCCUGAGACCCACCAGCAACGCCCACAUGCCACGCCUCUUGACAAGGCGAAUCAGUCGCUAUACCUCCGUGAUAGCCUGGCCAGCCAAAAGUUUGAAGCCUAGAAUAGACACAAGCUAAACUACAUAAUCAAGUUAUGAUUUAAAAAAACGCACAAUAUUUCGAGUUUGCAAUAUAUAUUUCUAUAAUUC